GAAAAAUCGUGAUUUAUACAAUUUUUUUGUUGUGUAUGUCCAAUAAUCCAGUGAACAUAAUCUGAUAAUCUGAAUAUAAUGGAUGAUGAUGGCUAUAAUGAUGAGAUUGAAAUGAAAGCCAUUUCAGUGAAAAAUCAAAUGAUUCUUUAUGAAUCUUUAUUGAAUUUACGAAUGAAAAUUCAGAAACUAUUAACAUUAUCCAAUCGUUUACCAUUGGAUUUGUCCAUCUUAAAUGAUGAACAAAAUCAAGAGAUGAAAAAUCAAUCAAUGAAAGGUAUUCAAAAAUUACAAAACUUAUUCAUUGAAAUUGAAGAUUUAAUCUGUCACUAUGGUGAUGAUGAUCCAUCAUUCGAUAGAAAGAAAAGAAAAGCAUCCGAUCAAAUGCAAUUUGAACAAAUUUUAUCGAAAAGAUUUUGUACAUUAAAAGAAUAUUAUCCCACAAUAAUCGAUGAAUGGCAUGACAAGACUAAAUUUGUUCAUACGAAUGUUAAUCUAAAAAAAUUCAAUUCAUUCGAUAUUCGACCAUCGAAAAUAAUAGAUAAAAUUCUUAUGGAUAAAGAUCGAUUAAUAAAUCGUACGAAAAUCCAACGAAGUCAAUAUCAAAUUAUGUGAUGAGAUGAUGAUGAUGAUGAUGAUGAUGAUGAUGAUGAUGAUGGUGGUGGUGGUCAACGACGACAAGAUAUAUUUGAUGAUGAUGAUUUUUAUCAAUCAUUAUUACGACAAAUUAUCGAUAAUAAAACAUCGAAUGCAUCAUCACAAGAUGGAUCAUCAUCAUCAUUGAAUAAAAUUAUUGAAAUCCAAAGAUUACGUAGUAAAUCGAAAAAAUCAAUCGAUACAAAAGCAAGUAAAGGAAGAAAAAUUCGCUAUGAUGUUCAUGAAAAAUUGGUCAAUUUUAUGGCACCGAUCGAUCGAACUACGAUGGAAGAUGAAGCGAAAAAUGAUUUAUUCAAAUCAGUUUUCGUGAAUUCUGUCAUUUAAUCGUCAGUUAGUUUAUGAUUUAUUUUCAUUUUGUUUUAAAAAUACAAAUUUUCUUUCUUCAAAUGAAUAAAUUUUUUUUUAUGGCAAUUCAAAUUACGCAUAACCCUGUGAUGAUCAACACAGCUGGUCUUGUGGCUGUUGUUGUUGUUGUGGUUGUUUGGAUGUUGCCACGCCUUUGUUUUGAUUAACUUUUGAUAUUGAGAAUCAAUAAUUUGGGCCAUUUUUUUGUUAUUUAUUUAUCAAUUUUCUUUGAUUAUUUACCACCAUAUAACUGAAAUAAUAAUUGACUAUG